UUCUCAGGGCCAGGACCUACAAGAAGGAUGCCAGAGCACAGAGAACUCAUGUGAGUUCUCCAAGGAUACCCAGCUGAAAGUAUCAGAAGGCAGGAAUUCAACCCAGUUCUCUUCAGGCAGCCCUGAUCCACAGGAAUGGUCAGAUGGAAAUGAUGUCUGCUAUGUUGAUAGCCACAGAGUGAGUCCUGAGUCCUACAUCCUGAGAAACUCCUGAAAGACGAAAGACUGUCUGGGUCUGUGUCGGGGAAUUGAAGGCAUGCUGGCGCCUUUCACCAGAGGAGCAAGAUGGGGCCCUCUAUCCAACCCCCACAACUAUGACCUUCACCCCAGCACCACUGGAGGAAACGACUACACGCCCCGAAUUCUGCAAGUGGCCAUGUGAGUGCCCACAAUCCCCACCUCGCUGCCCACUGGGUGUCAGCCUAAUCACAGAUGGCUGUGAAUGCUGUAAGAUAUGUGCCCAGCAGCUUGGGGACAACUGCACAGAGGCUGCCAUCUGUGACCCACACCGGGGCCUUUACUGCGAUUACAGCGGGGACCGCCCGAGGUACGCAAUAGGAGUGUGUGCACAGGUGGUCGGUGUAGGCUGUGUCCUGGAUGGUGUGCGCUACACCAAUGGCGAGUCCUUCCAGCCCAACUGCAGGUACAACUGCACCUGCAUCGAUGGCACGGUGGGUUGCACACCACUGUGCCUGAGCCCCAGGCCCCCACGCCUCUGGUGCCGCCAGCCCCGGCAUGUGAGAGUCCCUGGCCAGUGCUGUGAGCAGUGGGUGUGUGACGAUGAUGCAAGGAGACCACGCCAGACUGCACUGUUGGACACCAGAGCCUUUGCAGCUUCGGGCACAGUGGAGCAAAGGUACGAGAACUGCAUAGCCUACACUAGCCCCUGGAGCCCCUGCUCGACCACCUGUGGCCUAGGCAUCUCAACUCGGAUCUCUAACGUCAAUGCCCGGUGCUGGCCAGAGCAGGAAAGUCGCCUCUGCAACCUUCGGCCAUGUGAUGUGGACAUCCAACAACACAUCAAGGUAGGGAAGAAAUGCCUGGCUGUGUACCAGCCAGAGGAGGCCACGAACUUCACUCUCGCAGGCUGUGUCAGCACACGCACCUACCGACCCAAGUACUGUGGAGUCUGUACUGACAAUAGGUGUUGCAUCCCCUACAAGUCCAAGACCAUCAUUGUUGAUUUCCAGUGUCCAGAGGGGCCGGGUUUCUCCCGGCAGGUCCUAUGGAUUAAUGCUUGCUUCUGCAACCUGAGCUGUAGGAAUCCUAACGAUAUCUUUGCAGACUUGGAAUCUUACCCUGACUUUGCAGAGAUUGCCAAUUAGGUAGGUGUGUGGCUCAGGGUAUAGCUCCGUAUUGCAAAGCAGCCAGCCCUCUGUGGCCCAGGACUUUUCACAAUUGAGCCUUAUUUCAUCUACUUCCUACUCAAUUCUGAAUUCCCUGAUCCUGACCCUCAGUUUCUGUUCCUGUUUUGACCAUUCCAAUGGCCCAGGAGAGUGCUGCUCAGGCUCAGACAAUGGGUUCCUCCUUGGGGACAUUCCACAUCACUCCAAAGAAAACACAUCUUUGACUGUUCACAAUGAAAGCCAAGCCUGAUCCAGCCAGUCUGGCUCCAGCCUGUGCAAGUUGUCAGAAAUCCUGAUGGGACUGUCCAAGGAAAAGCAUCAGCUGAAGAACCAGUAUCACAGACUCCUUCAGACGCCAAGCCUGAGGAUGUUGGGAUCCUGUCAGAUGGAUGGAUGGGAUUGGGGACACAGGAUUAAGCUAUUAUUUUGCCCUUGCCAGAUGAUACUACCCUGGGUAUUUCUGCCUACAACACACCAAAAGUGCUCUCAUUCCAAAGAUCUGUAUAUCACAAGUCACCAAACAUUUUCCAGGUGGGGACAAUAGUUGUGUCGCUUAUCAUUUUUAAAAGAAGAAAAGAAAAAGAAAAGAAAGUCAUUUUCAUCAACCCAGCCAAUUUCUCCCCUCACCCCAUACACUAUGAAGGGCUAAAAUUGGGUUCGUGUCGUUCAGAAACAAUUUGAGAAGUUUUAUUUUUGCAGGUAGAUGGCAGCCGCCAGCUUAUCCCAUAGGGAGGGGCAGGGCCAACCAGUCUCACAUGCCACAGCUGGUCAGGUCACUGAAUUUGCUGCUGGCCAAGUUCUUAGGACACUUAGCCAAAUCUGGGCCUCUCUUUCCCUAGGGCUCAUGGGAGCUGGUAAGGACCUUAGAGUGACUUGUCUGUUGUCUAAAAAAGUAAGAUGAGAAGAUGUCCUCAUGGCCCUUAAAAGAUUCUUUUGAAGUCUACACCAGACCUAACAGAAUAUAUGCAUCAAACAAACAAGUGAAUCACCCUUCCCUGGCCUGGGUGGCCUCUAGCAGGAGUAGUAAGGCCACAAUAGUCCCUGGGCCCAGGACCCAUCCGUUCUGUUUUAGUGACCUACUUCAGAGCCUUUGUGUCUGUGAAGAAAAAUAAGUCAGUUUUCUGAUCUGAAGACAGAAGUUGACCAGCCAUUUACAAAUGGAGAUCUAUUUAAUAGUUGCAAAUGCUAAAGAGUUUGUAAGCCAAAGAGAUUUUUCCUAAGUGGUAAUGAAGUUGUUACCUAUUUUAGUGGUAGAAUUUUCUGUCAUCAUUCUUUUAUUGAAUGUAGUCUAAGUGCUACCAAUUGUUCUCAAUAUUUGCCGCACGUUUGCUCAUUGAAACAUGCUAAUAACACAGAGGACUUCCCUUCAUGAUUUCUGUUCUUGACACUGUGAAAUAUAAGUUCAAAGAGGCUAAGAAAUUCAAUCAAAGUCACCUAUCUGGAGAUUCAUAGCCGGACAGAUUGCCUUCAUAUUUCCCCUUUGCUUCUGGACCUUCCAAACAUGUGAGGGCAGGAAAGUAUUCAGAAGUCAGCAGCUUACCUUCUUAAUAAUGUCUCUCUAGCCCCUUUCAUAUGAGAGGAGAGUGUAUCUAGGUACAAAGGAUCCAACCUAAACUGGACAGAAACGGAACAUGUGCAUCAUCCCCUGUGGCUCCUUCUGCCCUGAAAUCAGAACUAGCUUACAACAUGCUUUUAUAAGAUGAUUCAGUCUGUCCCACACCACACAUGGUAGGCAUAUGGGAGAACUAUACACAUACACAAAUGGAUUCAUAAAUAGGAAAGGGGACUUGGGAUUUCCCCUCCUCCCUGAAACUUCCCAACUGCCUGGCCUUAUGCAAGGCACACAGUGGUGCUCAAGAUGUAUUUAAGGAAGAAAACACAUCAUAUAUACAUUUCUACUUUUCCUUAGAAGCCUUUUCUGCCAGGAGCUCAUCUGAAGAGUGAAAAAUUCUCUUUACAAUGAGGCUUGGUAUUUUGAAUAAAUGUAUGUUCAUACGUGUAAAAGCGCUUGCAUGUAAAGAUAAGUUACCGAUAUGGAUUAUUAAGUAUGUAAAUUUUAUGUGGUAUCGUGUUCAAUUUUCUUAGAUUAGAGAAAUCUGCCUUCACAACUAACUCUGUAAGAACAUCCAUCGGAGCCAUGAGCUAGGGUCUUACCAGGUAUCCAUCCUCGUUUGGGAAACUGAGCUGAGCAUCUUCAACCAAAGGAGUUAGGGUGAUCAUUGGGAAUAGGAGAAAGGGGUGGGCAGAGCAUCUCCAUUGUUAUUAAGAAAUGGGCCUGGCAUACAUAAGGACCAGAGGAACCAGCCAUCUUUGAAGCAAGGGAACUUGGAUGUAAUAUAAAGAAGCUCCUUUCUAAUAGUCAGAAACAGCCUGUAGUUGUAUGGCCUGGUUCAAGGAAAUUUGAGGAUAUCAAUUAUCGUUAAAAACAAAAGUCCAUUUAUUGAUAGCUUACUUGGUGCUAAACCCUAUGGUGCAUUUUAUCAGGCUAUCACUUAACAGAGCCAUGUUCAGUACACAACCUUUCUCCAUUCAAUAAAUAGAAACUCUGAAGUUCAAAGGCACUGGGGAGCUGAGGCCCAGACACAUGUUUAGUCCAUUCUAUCGGGGGGAAGAGAUCUUGACAGAACCUAAAUGAUUACUACUGGAGACUCAUAUUUGCAAGUCUUUAGAAAUCCCAACCCCAAAUGCUUAGAAACUAAAGAAGCAAGGAGAAUGGGCUAACCUUCAGGGAAGAGGUUCACUGUUGCACCGAGAGUGAAUUUCUUGGGUGUGCUUACUCAUUGGGCAGGGAGACCUGAGCUUACUAAACCUUACAAUUAGCAUUUGGAGAGCCCUGAGCUAGCACCAACCAAGACCGCUACUCAGUGCUUUACUGACAUAGCUUACUUAAUCCUUUCAGUGAGCCAGGGCACUACCACUGACCAUUUUAGGGCUGAGAAAGCAAAGUCUCCAGGUGUUAAGUGAUUUGCUCAAGUUCUUACCAACCGAGGCACUGCAGAUAAACCCGGAAGCCCAGUAUCAUGUAACACACCCUGACGCCCAGCCCAUUUUUCCUGUUCCUAAGCCAAAGGCUCCAGAGUCACCAGAGUCAAUUUACAGGACAGAGCAGAAAUUCUAAUUUUGAGAGUGAUCAGAGAUUGAUUAAAGAAAGUAACUUCAAAUGAUAUGAUUGUUUGUAAGCACCCUAAUUAAUUCUGAACUACAUAUGCAUAGAGAUUGUGAUGAACAUUACAGCCUGUGACUAUAGCGUUGACUUCUGCCAUUUCUUUUUAAAGACUUGGUUUUGACUCAAAGGACCCACAGUGACAGCCCUGAAUGGUUGAAAAGCAGAAGGCGAUGAUUGCCUGUGUGUCCCUCCAUAUGUUUGUAUGUAUGUGUGCGUGUGUGUGUAUUUGUAUGUACGUAUCUGUUUUCAAACUGUGAUUGACUAUUUAAAUAUUCCUACUGCCAUUUUGUAAGAGAAUACACAUGAAGAUACCCCCUUUGAAUUUCCUAAUAGAGGAGAGCCAGCCCUUGGGCCGCCUGUCACGUUUUGCCACAUUCCUCAUUUUUCUCAUGAUCUGUGUAGCAGGGAAUGUGUUUGUUCAACCAUGAUGAGUUUUCAUUGUUCAAAUUCUUUGUUUACAGCUUUUCUCCUUAAAGCAAUAAAUCAUCAGCAACAGUGA